AUCUGCAGUGCAGUCACUUGAAGCUCUUUUCCAGUUCCUGUUCAGAGAUCCUUGUCUCCAUCUCUCUCUUCUCCUCCUCUGUGGAAUAAUCCCCAGUGGCAGCUUCCAUCAGGAUCUAAGGAAAGGCUAUUUUUUCAUUGUUCAUUGAGAAAAAAAAAAAGGGGGGGGGGGAGAAAGAUCAAGAGAGGAGAAAGAGAGAAAGACAGAGCUCUGCAAACAGGGCAAUGGAGGAUGGAGGGCUGCUGUCCAGGAUGGAGAUGCGAAAGGCCUCCUUCCCAUACAUUUGAUCCACUUUCUUCUCUGGCUUUGAAGAAGAGCCCUGAAGAUGCCUUUGGUGUUGAGGCUGCUCUGCUUGCUCCUCUUGGAUGCUGCCCUUUGCAACUACUCUGAGGAUCAGUGCAGCUGGAGGGGGAGUGGCCUCUCCCAAGAAGCUGGCAGUGUGGAGCAGAUCUCCUUACAUUGUGCAGAGGGAUCUCUGGAGUGGCUCUACCCAGCGGGAGCCUUACGCCUGAGCCUUUUCCCCCGCCUCCCCACAAGCACCACCAGCAAAGAGAACCCCAGACGCGUGACGGCCUGCAUUAAAUCUUCCAGCAGCUUCCGCGGCGCUCAGAUUUACUUGGAGAGGGAUGGUGUGUUGGAGCUCCUCCUCUCGGAGGCGGAUGCCACUGUCCAGCCCAAGGUGCGCUGUUUCAGCUGGUUGCCCAAGGAGAAGGUUGCCCUGUUCCUUCAGUCCACCUUGCACCAGGACAUCAGCCGGCGCAUCGCCGCCUUCCGCUAUGAGCUGCGGGGCAAUUGGAACUCUCGUUUUUCUUGGCCAUCCAGAAAUCUCAGCAUGGAAGAUUCAGGGAGUUGCCGGCCAUGUAACAACACUGAAAUCCUGAUGGCUGUUUGCACUAGCGAUUUUGUCAUUCGUGGGAAUAUCCGGACAGUCACCAACGAUAAAGAAUCGCAAGAAUCCAUCAUCAGCGUGAGCGCCACCCGGAUUCAUCGCCAAAAAUUUGCCUUGUUCCAACCAGUUGGCAAAUAUGGGAAAUCCACCGGCAGCAUCCGUACCCUGCUGCGAUGUGGGGUGAAACCAGGACCUGGCAGCUUCCUCUUCACAGGAUGGCUACACUUUGGGGAGGCUUGGCUCAGCUGUGCCCCCCGGUACAAAGACUUCCGCCACAUAUACGAGGAUGCGCGCCAGGCUCAUGAAAACCCUUGCGAAGUCUCAUUGGACUGAACUGAGGCGAGGAGAGAGGACCAGGGAGAUGAAACCAAACUUCAGGUUUGGAGAAGGAGACAGGUUUUUGCCACCCAUCGUAGUCGUGCCAUAAAUGGUGUACAUACCCAACUCGGUGACAUGACCCAUUGGAAAAGACGGCAAUGCUCAGUAACAUGGAAGGCAGAAGUAAAGGAGGAAAACUGCAUUACAGGCGGACUGAGUCAACCAAGAAUGUCGCAGCCAUGAAUGGACCUGAGCAGGGCUGUUAACAGGACCUCUUGGAGACUUCCCAUUCACAUGGACAAUGUAAGUCGAAAGAAACUUGGCAACAUCUAACAACAAAUGCUCAAUUUAGCGAUGAGUGAGGAGGGAUCGAGAAAGUUCUUCCUUUCCUGUAGAAGACUUGUUGAGAUUGAGCCAUAAGUCUUGGAGGCUUUCUCCACCAAGAGAAGCUGCAUUGGUCUGAGUAAGACAACUGGGCUGCUAUGUAAUUCUGUUGGUACACACCAAUAUGUCUCCUGGUUUAGAAAACAUGUUGCUUCAGAUCGUUCUUCUGUUUCACAUGGAUUCCUUGGGAUCAUUCCCCUGUUUGCUGCUGGAGCAUCCAACUGCCACACUUUAAAACAAGUCUAAUAAUCCCUUCCUGCAUUUUAAGGAAACCUGGCCUUCUGUCUAUUGCAUGUCGAUUUCGACUUGCAAGCAUCUGCCAAACGGGAAAUCGCAUCUCGUAAAAAACAUCUCAUCUUCUGCUCUGUCUUCCACUACUCAGCAAGGUCAUGCCAAGAACACCUGCAAAGCAAACAAACCUCAAACCUUUUGUGGCUGCUGCGGCAGAGCUGCAAAACCAGGAUUACAUCUCAUGUGGUGCCCAAAACCCUAAGAGGGAUUGCAUGCUCUUUAGGGGGGGGUCUUGGUUUUCCUUUCCUAUCAAGUCCAAUGUGGCAGAAAGCAUCAGAUAGGGAGAUGAAGGGAGCUAGUGCUGGAACUGGAAAUAGCCGUGUGCACAGCUUUUUGUGUGUUUGUGUUGGGGGUGGGGGGGUUGCGAAUACCUGAUAUGCACCCUUGGUCUUUUCUAUUUCCCUGUCCCAAAUAAUAUGAAUGUGACAAAGGGCAGAUCUAGAUAUCUCCUCCACGUUUUCUGGAUUUCCAACCUAGCUGCAAAAACCAGCACAAGUCCUGGACCCAGCCCUGGCUGCAGAUGUGACUUUUCUUCUUCAUGAGUUUAGAUUCCUUCCUCCUGACUUGGUGCUGUUUGUCCAGGAGGAAGCCCUGUUUCAGUAAAGAUUUAGAGUUCAUGGUUUACAUAAAAAGGACUUCCAGCUAACCUGCUCCCAAGUAUGUUUUACUUAGAAGCAAAUCACCCUGAGUUUAAUAGGACUUUAACUUCCAAGUGAGCGUGCACAAGAUUGCACCAGGCUUUGUUGUUUGGAUAAGGCCCAGUUUUCCAAUCAGGGUAAUGCCUUUUUAUUGUCCUAACAGGGCAAAUGAAUUGUUAAUAGGGAUUUCAGCGAUGGGAUAUGUAUCACCAGUUGGUUUUCUGCCAGCCCCAUUGCUGGUAAAGGCUCUUGAGGGCCGACCGAAGAGAAGGUGGCAAACUGGUUUGAUUUCUUUCGUGCCCAAUAAGUACUGUAUUGGUCUACUUGGCAAUGGGAGAACCACUGGAAAAAGAAAUGGAGCUCGGCAAGAAGGUCAAUGAUUGUACUGCAAAUGUUAGCAAUCUUUUCGCUUGGUGCUUAUACUUUCACUGCUGAAUCUAGUUGUAUUUUGUCCACUCAGGGUUGUCUAGAAGGUGCUGAAACAAAAGUGGGAAAGUAUGAGAAAUAGAAGCAGGGGUGAAAAACGUGGGUGGCUAAGGGAAUGCAUUAGCUUUUCAGGAGACUUUGGUGGGUUGCACCCCCUGAAAACAACACCCCAGAGACAUGGAGAGGAUUUUCACUAUAUUUAUUGGGGUGAGCAUUUUAAUUCUAGAGGCCUUUUUCAACAAUAGGAGGUGAGUGGAAGUUGCUUCCUUUAAGAAACGACCUCUUCCGGACCUAAAAUGCAUGGCAACAAUGCACACAUUUCCUCCAGAUUUUUUUUUUAAUUUUUUAAUUAAUUAAUUUUUUAAAAUUAAGGACCCGGGGACUACAAAAUGGCCCAAGGGCUGCACUUUGACCACCUCGAUAUCAGGGCAAAACACUGGAGGCUCCUUUUUAAAAGUAAUUGGUUACAGUUUUGGUUGCUCGCCCUGGUUAUCACCCUGUUUGCGAUUUCAAUUUAUUACUCAAAGAAACACUUUGGGUUGCUGCUUUUGGGGAGGAAAAACAUCAGAAUGCUACAAACGUGUGAUACAAAGCUCACCUGUAUUGUGAGCUUGUCCCAUACCUGUAACUCUAAAAGUCAGAAAGACACAGUUGGUUAUACCAGAAAAGGAACAUGGUUAUCCCUUAUUGUCAUCACGUAACUUUAUUGGAGGAAAUAAACUAAAUGCAAGUACAGUGGGCCCUUUGUAUCUGCUAGGGCUUGGUUCCAGAACUCUCUGGAUUCCAAAAUCU